AUGCAAGCACUCGGGCAAAUUGAGACAGAGUCGCAGCGUGAGAACGCCAAGCUGCGGUACGCAAAGUCCGAUGCACCGAGUGGAAACCUCAUGCGGCAUUCCGUCUCGAUUGAGGAUGCAGGCGUCGAGCCUGCGCCUGCUGUCAUGAGCAGAUCAGCGCCAGAGCCAGCGAAAAAAGCAUCAGCGCUGCAUUCAACCCUCCAAAAUACUGGCCAGUCCAUAUACAACUUUGUCUUGGGCGGUGUGGCUGGUGCUGUGGGUGCUGCCUUUGUCUAUCCCAUCGACCUUGUGAAAACACGCAUGCAGAACCAACGCUCAAAUAUCGUGGGCGAAGCUCUUAUGUACCGCAACAGUUUGGACUGUGCGAAAAAGGUGAUGCGGAAUGAAGGCUUUUUGGGCUUUUACUCAGGCCUGCUUCCGCAGUUGCUCGGCGUCGCGCCUGAAAAAGCGAUCAAGCUCGCGAUGAAUGAUCUUGUCCGUACACUCUCAAAGGACAAAGAUGGCCAUGUGCCCAUUUCGGCAGAGAUCCUCGCCGGUGGUGUGGCAGGCGGCUCGCAGGUCGUAUUCACGAACCCGCUCGAGAUCGUCAAGAUCCGUCUGCAAGUGCAGGGCGAGGCACCAGACCCAACCAAGGCUAAGGCUAGUGCCCUUCAUAUUAUUCGCCGCCUCGGCUUGUUCGGUCUGUACAAGGGUGCUGGUGCAUGCCUUCUUCGCGACAUUCCUUUCAGUGCGAUCUACUUCCCUGCGUAUGCACAUCUUAAAAAGGACUUGUAUGGUGAGCGGCCCGACAACAAGUUGACGUUUGGCCAGCUCAUGGCCGCUGCCUCCAUUGCUGGUGUGCCUGCCGCCUUCUUUACGACACCAGCAGAUGUCAUCAAAACGCGUUUGCAAGUCGAGGCGCGCAAGGGCCAGGCUACGUACACGGGCAUGCGCGACUGUUUUGUAAAGAUUCUUCAAAAUGAGUCGCCAACGGCCUUCUUCAAGGGCUCGCUGGCUCGUGUACUUCGUUCUAGCCCUCAGUUUGGCGCAACUCUGGUCACGUAUGAGUAUCUCAAGAAGUUUAUCCCUUCGCCUUUCGAAACGAAAGAAAAAAUAGUGCCGGCUGUUGUUAAUCAUGAAGAUUACCAUGGCACUCAAAAUGCGAUUUCUUUGAUCGCUCGUGUGCACGAACUCUCGCGCUUCUCGUAA